AAAAAGAAUGUACUUAAAUUAAGCUAUCAUUCACAAAGGUAAAAUCAAACAUGAAAAAUUCUCUGCUUAGGCAAAUGGCACCUAAUGCUAAGUUGCUCUUUGUGUGCUUUAUCUGUGGUCUCGUCAAAAUGAAUGCAUAGAAACCACUUCUUUGAUUCUAUCUGUAAUAAUUAAAAGUAUUUCAUAAUAGUGACAUCAUCAGCUCGUUCUAAAUAUUUUACCCAAAUACAGUUGUUGGUACUAGUUUAGUUAAACAUACAUUUGGAAAUCUGUGCUUUUGUUAAAAACACAUUUAAAUAAUCAUAAGAAGUCAAAUCACUCUCCAGGCUAUUAUCUGUAUUAUCUGUUUUAUUUAUCUUAUUAAUGAAGUAUUGUCCUCUGAUAUCUAGAGGUCAUUUGAAAUAUCACAAGAGUAUCGUGACUAUCAUUGUAUUGCCUCAUGUUUAUCAGCUACUGUGAGCCUGGCUGCCCGUUUGGUUACCACUGCUAGCGUCUAUAUUGGCAGAAAGCUGUGACAUCGUAAACACACAACGGCAGAUUAGAACAUCCAAGUGUGCACCAGUUAUUGUGUAGUUGUUUCAAGUGUUACUCCUUGACAAUGAAGCGACAGUGUUCAACCUGCUGUAUGACAGUAGCAGUUAUUCUGCUCCUUCUGCAUGCUGGGAGCGCAAGGGACCUGCGCACUGUCACGGAGCCCAAGACUCCGCAGAGCUGCACCACGCUGAAGGCAGGUAGCGGAGACCAAACCCAGGCCAUCCAGAAGGCUCUCAACUCCUGCACCAAGGGCAAAGCCGUCCAGCUGUCGUCCGGCACCUUCCUUUCCGGUCCACUGACCAUUCCGUCGGGUGUCAGCCUGCUGGUGGACAGCGGCGCGACAUUGAAGGCCAUUCCGAACCCAACGCUGUACGACCUUGGGGCAAAGACCUGUGGCACACGCGACCAGUACGGCCUUGGUUGCAAGGCAUUUAUCACCAUCAACGGAGUGACUGGCAGUGGUAUCUACGGCAAGGGCACCAUUGACGGUCAGGGCGGUGAGAAUUUGACAGGCAAACAUUUCUCGUGGUGGACGAUACCGCAGAAUGCAAACAACAAAAACUCCCAGAACGUCCCUCGACUCAUACAGAUCAAUGACUCUGUUGAUGUCACUCUUCACCAGAUCACAUUGAAAAACUCUCCUAUGUACCAUGUGGCCACCAGCAAAACUUACGGCUUUACUGUGUGGGGUGUCACCAUCGACACGCCGUCUUCAUCACACAACACUGAUGGAAUUGACCCGAUGGGUUCCCAAAAUGUUACCAUCACUCACUGCAGAAUAAGCACUGGCGAUGACAACAUUGCCAUCAAAGCCAUCACCGCCCCUUCCAGACACAUAUCUGUGCUGAACAAUCAUUUCGGCGCAGGCCACGGUAUGUCGAUAGGCAGCGAGAUCACUUACGGGGCCAGCGACGUGACUGUUUCUGGGUUGACGAUGGAUGGCACCACCAACGGCCUACGCAUCAAAAGCAACACUUUCCGAGGUGGCUUGGUCAACGGCGUGUCCUACACAAACGUCUGCAUACGCAAAGUAGUAAACCCAAUUCUCGUAAACAUGGAGUACUUCCAUCUUACCGGCAGCCUCACCCCCGAGUUCCGUAACAUCUCUUUCACAAACGUGAAGGUGCUGACCGAAGGAACUUUCACAUUUGACGGCUUGAGUGACUUGCACCCAAUCGAAGUCACGAUGAAGGACGUGCACAUCAAGAAAGGUUCCAAGUGGAUAGCGCAGCAUGCCAAAAUCACCGGUAAGUGGGCAGAAGAUGCCACAGGCACUGUUUGUGGCGAUGCAGGGAAUGCGUAGUAAGUACAUCACUCAUAAGAAUGAAGUUUCCUUCAAUGGCCAUUUACAAAUACAGUCAGAGUAAACAUGUUAUUAUUUAAAAACAAUAUUCCUUUCAUUUCUUCGUUGAUAAUGUUAAAAUUCCAAUGACAUAUUUAUGAAUGUGUUUUAACUUUUGUUUGUAUGGGGUUAUUAAAUUUAUUUUAAACACUUUGCUGCUGACACUGUCUGUAGUAAUACAAGCAAUGGCAUCUUGGUUGCAGUUGAAAUCAUUACAAUAUCCAAUAUCCAAUCACAUUAUAUUUACUGAGAUAUUUAAAAAUUGUAUUCCUUUUGCUUUGCUCCAUAUGGAGUGUAAGAAAUGUGUUGAAUUAUUUUUACUAACAUGUUUCAAAGAGUAUGUUGUUUGCUAAAUAUAUAAUGACAAUCUCUUUAAAUAUACUGGGUAUAUAUUUGUGACAGAAAUUUGACUGUCUUUUGUUACAUAACUUACAUUAUAUGGUUUCUUAGGUUUUUUGAUUUUUAAACAUUCAGUAUCACCAUUUUGGCUUAUAGUAUUACAUAUACAUCUAAAUAUUAUUUGAAUUUUUUUUUGUUAGGUUUAAAGUUACUGAAGUAACAAAAUAUUGGUCAGAAAAUUGUAAUAAAGUAAGAAUGCAAAGAACUAUGUAUGACAUACAACUGUAAUCUUAUUGUUAAAAUAAAGAGUUUAUAAUGACAUGUGUAA